AGACACACACACACACACACACACAGAGUGAAAAAGGCGAGCCACCAAACCCAUCUCCAGUCUCCUCCCGGGGGCCCCCAGCCCGCCACUGUGCCACUUUGCAUCCCGCGCCUGAGGAGACGCUGAGGAGAGCCGGUAAGCUGUCAACUUACCAGAGCUCUAGAAACAUCUGAACUGUCAGCCCCCCUGGGCACCUGCUCCUCCACCUCCAUGCCCCACAUUUAACGUUUAGAAGAAACAAGCAGAUUCAGGUGCUGUGCUGGCCAUCGGUGACCCAAAGAUGAUGAUAAACAUGUUCCUGCCCACAAGGAGCUAGCGGUCCACUGGGAUUCCUCUUGCUGAUGACACAAGUCCUGUUUGAAUCUACUUAUAAGAUUCUGAAGCCUGAACAGAGAAUUUUGGCACUGCACCGGCAUUGCAAGAAAUAGAUAAUAUCAAGGACAUCAGGAGUGGGAGAGAUUGCAGACUCAGCAGGAUGUCUUCCAAGCGACCAGCCUCUCCGUAUGGGGAAGCAGAUGGAGAGGUAGCCAUGGUGACAAGCAGACAGAAAGUGGAAGAAGAGGAGAAUGACGGGCUCCCAGCCUUUCACCUUCCCUUGCAUGAAGUUGAUGGCAAUAAAGUUAUGUCUUCAUUUGCCCCACACAACUCAUCUACCUCACCUCAGAAGGCAGAAGAAGGUGGGCGACAGAGUGGCGAGUCCUUGUCUAGUACAGCCCUGGGGACUCCUGAGCGACGCAAAGGCAGCUUAGCUGAUGUUGUUGACACCUUGAAGCAGAGGAAGAUGGAAGAGCUCAUCAAAAAUGAGCCAGAAGAAACCCCCAGUAUUGAAAAGCUACUAUCAAAGGACUGGAAAGACAAGCUUCUUGCGAUGGGAUCAGGGAACUUCGGUGAAAUAAAAGGGACUCCCGAAAGCCUCGCUGAGAAGGAGAGACAGCUCAUGGGGAUGAUCAAUCAGCUAACCAGUCUGCGAGAGCAGCUGCUGGCUGCCCAUGAUGAGCAGAAGAAGCUGGCUGCAUCUCAGAUUGAGAAACAGCGCCAGCAAAUGGAGCUGGCCAAGCAGCAGCAAGAACAGAUUGCAAGACAACAGCAGCAGCUUCUGCAGCAACAACACAAAAUCAAUUUGCUUCAGCAACAGAUCCAGGUUCAAGGUCAACUGCCGCCAUUAAUGAUUCCUGUAUUCCCUCCCGAUCAACGGACACUGGCUGCAGCUGCCCAGCAAGGAUUCCUCCUUCCUCCAGGCUUCAGCUAUAAGGCUGGAUGUAGUGACCCUUACCCUGUACAGCUGAUCCCAACUACCAUGGCAGCUGCUGCUGCAGCAACACCAGGCUUAGGCCCACUCCAACUGCAGCAGUUAUAUGCUGCCCAGCUAGCUGCAAUGCAGGUAUCUCCAGGAGGAAAGCUCCCAGGCAUACCCCAAGGCAACCUUGGUGCUGCUGUAUCUCCUACCAGCAUUCACACAGACAAGAGCACAAACAGCCCACCACCCAAAAGCAAGGAUGAAGUGGCACAGCCACUGAACCUAUCAGCUAAACCCAAGACCUCUGAUGGCAAAUCACCCACAUCACCCACCUCUCCCCAUAUGCCAGCUCUGAGAAUAAACAGUGGGGCAGGCCCCCUCAAAGCCUCUGUCCCAGCAUCAUUAGCUAGUCCUUCAGCCAGAGUUAGCACAAUAGGUUAUUUAAAUGACCAUGAUGCUGUCACCAAGGCAAUCCAAGAAGCUCGGCAGAUGAAGGAGCAGCUUCGGCGGGAACAACAGGUGCUUGACGGGAAGGUGGCUGUUGUGAAUAGUCUAGGUCUCAACAACUGCCGAGCAGAAAAGGAAAAAACAACACUGGAGAGUCUGACUCAGCAACUGGCAGUUAAACAGAAUGAAGAAGGAAAAUUUAGCCAUGCCAUGAUGGAUUUCAAUAUGAGUGGAGAUUCUGAUGGAAGUGCUGGAGUCUCAGAAUCAAGAAUUUAUAGAGAAUCCAGGGGGCGUGGUAGCAAUGAACCCCACAUAAAGCGUCCAAUGAAUGCCUUCAUGGUGUGGGCUAAAGAUGAACGAAGGAAAAUCCUUCAAGCCUUUCCUGACAUGCACAAUUCCAACAUCAGCAAGAUACUGGGAUCUCGCUGGAAAGCUAUGACAAACCUAGAGAAACAGCCAUAUUAUGAGGAGCAAGCCCGUCUCAGCAAGCAGCACCUGGAGAAGUACCCUGACUACAAAUACAAGCCCAGGCCGAAGCGCACCUGCCUGGUGGAUGGCAAAAAGCUGCGCAUCGGGGAAUACAAGGCAAUCAUGCGGAACAGGCGGCAGGAAAUGCGGCAAUACUUCAAUGUUGGGCAACAAGCACAGAUCCCCAUCGCCACUGCUGGUGUCGUGUACCCUGGAGCCAUCGCCAUGGCUGGAAUGCCCUCCCCUCAUCUGCCCUCGGAGCACUCAAGCGUGUCCAGCAGCCCGGAGCCUGGGAUGCCUGUUAUCCAGAGCACUUACGGCGUGAAAGGAGAGGAGCCACAUAUCAAAGAAGAGAUUCAGGCUGAGGACAUCAACGGAGAAAUUUAUGAUGAGUACGAGGAGGAAGAGGAUGAUCCAGAUGUAGAUUAUGGGAGUGACAGUGAAAACCAUAUUGCAGGACAAGCCAACUGAUAAGGGUCAAAAGAUUGUUGUGACCUGAGGACUUAAAGAAGCCCUAGCUGGUUCAUCCUUACCAGUGGCCAAGCACAUUAACUUUCUCAUACACUGACUGUUACUUUUAACUGUUAGUCUUAAAUAGUUGGGACAUCAGCUGACUAAUAGACCUCAGCCUCAAAAGGCUUGGAAAGGAAAUAAAAAUACAACAAGCAAACAACAAUAUCAACAACAAGAGAUUGAAAUAAGCUAUGGGUAAAAUAAUGCCAGUAAUUCAGCUGCUACAUCCAAGCACUGAAGUCUUACCCGUCAACUUUUUUUUUUAAUAAACUUUAUGGCUGUUUGUUCUACAAUGUUCUAGAAAUUCUCACUCAGGUACACAGUGCCAACAAGUGGCUUGUGAAUGUGUUUUGUUGUUUUGUGCUACAGUUUUUAAAAAGAAAUAAGUUUUGUUUUUUGGGGUUUCUGGGUUUUUUUUCCUUUUCUUUCUUUCCUUUCGUUGUUUUUGUUUUUGUUUUUGUUUUCGGUAAUGCACCUGACAGAAAAAAAAAAAAGAAAGAUGAAUUUCUCUUUACUUCUCUCCACCUUCUCCAUCUCUAUACUUUAAAGAUGGGAGUCUGUGCAUGGGGGGGGAAGAGGGUAAAAGAGCCUGUUUUUAACUUCCUUGCUAUCCACCACAAAAUAAGCAAUCAUUCUCUUUAGAGGACUUUCUUAUCUGUUGCACACCACACUACAUCUUUGAGCAAGUGCCAAAUUUGUACUGAAGUAUUGACCCAGUUGAUUUUUUCCCUUUCCUUUUUCCUGUUCCUUCUUAAAUUAGGACAGUGUUAUAUCUUAGACAAUCCCUUGAAAAACCUGAAAUACCAGCAGCUGGUGAGAUUUGACUUUUUUUUUUUUAAAUGGAAACUGUAGGUGCUGUUCUCAGGUGAAAAGAGAGAGAGAGAGACAUAAGAAAUUUAGAGAAAAAAAAUAUUUUCUGAUCUUGGAUUUUUGUGUGUAUGUAUGUGUGUGAUUAUGGUACUAAUUGGAAUAAUGUUGGACCAUUGUGAGUUAAACCCACAUCUGGGGAUGAAAUCCCACAUCCUUCUAAGUGACUGGUCUGGAAGCAGCCUUGACCUUGACUUUGCACUUCAAAUGACAACUUAACCAAUAUAGGGCUCAGAAAUUAUAUUUUUAAGCUUCUAAUGUGAUUAUUAUUGGAUGGAUCAGGUGGCCCUGUGUAAUAGAGGGGUGCGUGUAUAACAGGGAAGCAAACUGUUCCCAGAUGUUGCUUCUCCCUGGUCAGAUGGUUCCACUAACAUUUCCUACCUAAUGAUUUCUGUUUGUUUUUCCUGUUGAUAACUUCAAGCAAAACAAUCAUUGUUUCCCUUGAAUAUAUUUGCCCAUAUUCUAGAAAUAUAGAAUUAGCUUAUUUCUUCAACAUUCCAUCCUUUCCUGAUCAGGAAAUGGAACUGAUGAUUUUAUAAGGUAUUUUUCAUCCCUCCGUGAAAUGAGGUGGAGGCCAUUUGCAUUUCAGAAUUGUGGGCCAUGUGCAUUUCAUGCCGUAAAAAGCAGGACUUGAUUAAAAGUUGUCACAGCCCAACAAGAGGGAGCCUGGCUGAGCCCAGCAACCCUUGCCACCGCUCUACUCUUGCUGUAAGAUGAAUCCACUGAAGUCCAAUUUCUGAUUCCAGCAGAGUGUGUGCAUAGAGCAACAACUGACGGUGACGGGACUGCUUAGACUUUGCCAGCCGAGUGCCAAGGCAGUCGUAGGGCAUGUUCAAAUAAAUGGGAAAUCACUUAAACUGAAUUAGUGUUGUUUGUGCUGAACCAUCAGACAGUAAAUACUCCAACCAGUAGCUUGGAUGUGCUAUGGUUUUCACUCCAGUCAUCAUUUUCCUAUCCCACCCUCCCCAAACCUGACCCUAAAGUUUGAUUUUUACAUAUAAUAAAUAAGAAAAAAAUCCUUUUUAUUUUUCUCUCUCUCAAAAGACUUGCUCUGGGGUUUUGCUUGGAGGAGCUAAUCAUAUCCUGCAUGUCAGAGACUUUGCUUUGUUUGUUUUUCUGUUUGUUUUUGAUGACUGUAUUUUCAUUUGAACUGCCUCUUUUUGCUAGUGUUGUAAUAAUGAUGAUGAUGAUGAUAAAAUAAUAAUAAUAAUAGUAAUAAUAAUAAUAAUGGUCAGCUGUUCCCAGAUUAGUAAGUUAUGCAUAAUUUAUUUCUCCCUUUCUAUUUUAUUCUCCUCUGAUUUGGAAGUACAGCCAAUAAGUUGUUAGAUAUUUAAAACAAAUUUCCAUCUCCAACAUGUAUAUAUAUAUGUAUACAUACAUAUAUAUAUACACACACACACACAAACACAUUCACUCACACAGUUUCAUUUAUCCUUCCAUAAGUUUUCUCCUUUUUGAAAGUUUGGCCCCAACAAAUGUCACGUUCCGGUGUUUAAUACCUACAAGUGAAUUAAUAGGAGGGUCGUAUUCAAUCUCAGUUAACUUAGGCUCUCAUCACUCAUUUUAGUUAUUUAAUUGCCACAGUCAUCUACAGCCAAUUUCUCUUUUGUUUUUGUUUGUUUUGUUUUUAAGCACUCUGGAUAAAAAAAAUGGACACUUGUUUUUAUAUCGUUAUUAUGUACAAUGUGAAAACAGAUUUUUAAAAAUUUGUUCUGUCUUUGUUAACAAAUUCUUUCUGACUUAUGUGGGUUCACCCCUCACGUUUGCUGGACACUUAUUUUCCACCAUGUUGUAAAGAUGCUUUGUUUUCAUUUCAUGACUUUGGGCUACAAGAAUACUUUGUUUUAGCUCCAGGUAGAUGCCACUGAGGGCAUUCAUGGCUGACACAAAUUCUAACACACUUACCAGUGAAUUGACAAAACACUUCUGUUUGGUCUUUUUGUUUGUUUUUUACUUGUUUUAUUUGAAGGGGAAAAUGAAAUUGUUAAUGGUGACCUUUAACGGCUGAAAUUCAGAAGUUAAUUUUAUUUAGUUAGAUUUAUGUCAGAGAGACGAAACUGUGCAUGGAUUGAAUCAAAAGCAAGUCCAUAGCCUUGCAUUAUGUUCUCUUGUUCUGAUGUCUGAUUCACUGGGGGUCACAAUUGUUUUGCCUUAAUUUUCCCCAAAAGAAAACAAACAAAAAAUCAUAUUAAUGUUUAAAGUGCUUUGAAGUCAUUUGAUAAAAGGUGCUAUGAAUGGCAGCCUACUGGGUUAGCACAUUGCCUUCUGGCAUUUGAUUGGUUUAUCAUUUUUGUAAAGGAUCCUAAAACCUUGUAUUCUUUUUCUGUGCCCCAUGAUGACCAAAAAAGAUAAGGGAGAGGAAAUGAGAGUAAGAUCAAACUCAAAUGAACAUAAAGUCUCCCUUCUCUCCCCUUCCCUACCUACGUGUUCACAUUUCACAUUACUUUCUCUCUCUCUCUCUCUCUCUCUCUCUCUCUCUCUCACACACACACACACACACAAACACACAAACCACAGGCACACACGCUAACCCUAGUACUGAGGGAUAAUCUUGCCAGAAUUCUGUUUUUUUAUGGCUGUUGUAAUCAGUUCUUCUAAAAACAGUCAUGUUUUAAUAUGAAUCUAAGAGCAUCACUGGAGAAAAUAGGUUAAAGUUCAUAUAUAAGUUACUA